GUAAAUUUUUCAAUAUUUAAUUUAUUGUUGUUUUGUAUUUUAUAUUUUAUUCCUGUUUAUAUGUUAACAAUUAGUUAAAAUGUCAAACGCAAAUACAAAUUCUCAUACUACCAAGUUAAGUGGUAAUGAAAUGCCAAAACAUCUUUCUCAAAAUCAAUCAAACCCUGAUUCUAACUUGCAGGUUGAUUCUGUAGCAUCUGAUUGCUUUCGGAAUUCAAAAUUAAAAGUGAGUUUUGAACCACAUCGAAAUAAAUGUGGAGGUAGAGGAAUGGCCAUUCAACAACUAUCUGAAUCUAUGUCUUCAAAAAGCAGUAUAAAAAAUUCAAAUUUGGACUUCUCAAAUUCAAACAUAGAGCGUUAUUUCAAGAAUCUUAGAGAGGAAAAUUUAAAAAAACAUAAGGAAGAAAAUGAAAAGAUUUGGGGAAAAUGUAUGCAUUCAAAUAAAAGUACAUAACAUUUAAUUGGGCAGUCAAUAAACGUACUUGCAGAACCACGUGAUUUGUUUAUUAAGUGUUAUUCAUUGUAUUUUUAUGUGAUUGUUCGUUUGAGCUGGUGGUCCGUUGGUCGUUCGUUUUGUCACACAUUUUAUCUUGUAUUAUUGUAUUUUUUAUAUUGUACAUUUGUGUGCAUUCCGAGACUGUAGCGUUCUUGUUUGAAGCUACCAACAGACACCAGUUCUUCAGGUAAUCGGCUGAUGAGCCGUAUUAUAUAUAUUUUAAACAUUACAUUUUUUUUUUAUAUACAUUAUAUUUUUCUAUAUUAAAUUAUUUGGUAGC